GGCUCUGGCACCCUCUCCUCCUCCCUCACAUGAGCGUGGGAGGUGAGCUGUGGCGUGGAGCUCAGCGCGGCCGCAGCGGCGCAGGCAGCCCCCACUCACAUCGCAUGGAGCACCCUGCCACACUCGUAGCCUCGCACAGCACACUCACACACUCAACCGAGCUGAAACGCCACACUUAACGCCGCCCGCUCCGGAACCGAACGCCGUGCCGUCGCAUGUAAAUACGGCGGGUCUCGCCCCCGUCGCCAGCGCGUCCGCACCCAACCACACCUGACACCUCGCAACCCGAUGCCCAGCGCCACCGCGCCAACCCAGACGCGAGCGCCCUAGCUCGGGCCGCCGGCUCAUGUCGGCCAACACCGUAGCCAAGGCGGCGCCGCCCAUGUCCGGGUCCUCCGACCCCUCGCCGUCCUCGUCCGCCGCGGCGUCUCCGCUCGCGCUGCUCCGCCCGCACCCGCACCCGCACGCCCACGCCCAUGCCCAUGCGGGACACCUGACGCCGCCCUCGCCGGCGUCCGGGGCCCCCGCGCCGCCACCGCCGUCCCCGGCGUCCGCGCCGCGAGACUACCGCAAGGGCAACUGGACCCUCCACGAGACGCUCAUCCUCAUCACGGCCAAGCGCCUGGAUGACGACCGGCGGGCCGGCGCUGUCGGGGCCGCCCACGGCCACGGGUCGCCCACGACGCCGCGGUCGGAGCAGCGGUGGAAGUGGGUGGAGAACUACUGCUGGAACCACGGCUGCCUGCGCAGCCAGAACCAGUGCAACGACAAGUGGGACAACCUCCUGCGCGACUACAAGAAGGUCCGCGACUACGAGUCCCGCAACGCCGCCGCUGCCGCCGCCGCGGCGCCGGGCGGCGGCGGCGGCGGUGCGGGCGCCCUCCCGUCCUACUGGUCCAUGGAGCGGCACGAGCGCAAGGACCGCAACCUCCCCACCAACCUGGCGCCCGAGGUGUUCGACGCGCUGACGGACGUGCUCUCCCGCCGCGCCGCGCGCCGCGGGGGCGCGGCGAUCGCGGCCGCCGCGCCACCUCCGCUCGCGCUGCCGCCGCCGCCGCCGCCACCACCACCGCCUCCAGCGCCGCCAUCACCGCCGAAGCCCAUCGUCGCGCAGCCCCGCGCCCCGCCGCCGCCUCCCCUGCCGCUUCCGACGGCGGUGGCGCCGCCGGCGACGUCGGUUUCCGCUGAGGGGCUGACGGGGUCGUCGGAGUCCGGCGAGGAGGAGGACGGGUCGUCGGAGGAGGGCGUGGAGCCGGAGCCGAAGCGGCGGCGUCUGAACCGUCUGGGGUCGAGCGUGGUGCGCAGCGCGACGGUGCUGGCGCGCACCCUGGUGGCGUGCGAGGAGAAGCGGGAGCGGCGGCACCGGGAGGUCCUGGAGCUGGAGGAGCGGCGGCUGCGGCUGGAGGAGCAGCGCACGGAGGUUCGGCGCCAGGGCUUCGCGGGCCUCAUCUCCGCCGUCAACAGCCUCUCCACCGCCAUCAACGCGCUCGUCUCCGACCACCGCAGCGGCGACUCCGCCUCCCGGUGACCGCCUCCGCCGGUCGUCGAUCGCCUAGCUCGUGCCGUCCACCGUACCUAGCUAGCAUUCGCAUUGGCAUUUGUGCAUGUGCAAUCCGAGAGAUCGAUGUAAAUAAGGUGAUGAUUGAUUGUGUUGGAGAGGCUGUGACUAGAAAUUUUUUUUGGAGCGUUGUUCGUUGCAUUGGUCGCGUGCAUGCAGGCAUCAUCGCGACAUGCCCAUGUCCUACCUAGGUGCCUUGCUGGUUUGAUGAGCUCCUUCCUCUUC